GCUAGUACAAAACGCCCACAGCUAUCCGUUACCUGCUCCCGUUAUCACUGCUCCCGUUAAUGUUGUCUUUCAUCCCAGCGGAGCGUUUUAUUCACCGGCACACACAGGUUUUAUAACAAAGUAUUUAUUCGGUGAUAUUGAUCGACGAUCACGUUGAUUUGAUCCACCGACUUGCCCCGAUCUGAGCUAAGCUAACAGUUAGCCUCACAGUCAAAAUGGCGGACAACGAGGAUGACAGCGGUUCGACUAGAACAAUAACAGCGGCGGAGCCGCUGGGGUCCGCGGCCGCUCAGUGCACCCAGCCCGGGGAUAAUGUAUCGGCGGUGGCCGCCGACCAAAGCGGUCAGCCCAGUGAGGGUCCACAGACAGUGUUCGGUGCAGAGACAAGUCAGCCCGAGGACAGUUUACCGGCAGGGUCCGGUGCUCAGCUGGCGGACUUCUUACAGAACUGCCCAGAGGAGCAGAGCAUCCUGGUGGGCACAGAGUUCACCGGCCUGGCCCCGGACCUGGUCAACACCACCAUCAUCUACGUGCAGCCGGACGGCAGCCUAGUGGAGGGCUCUGGAUUGACGGCCGACGAGCAGCAGGCUCUGCUGGACCAGCUCACCAAGCAGCAGAUCGUCCAGGUCUCCGACACCGAAGCCGCCCAGCUGCUCCAGCAGAGCCAGCUGGUCAAAACCAUCCCCGUCCACAAUACAGCCCUGGAUCCGAGUCAGCUGCAGCAGGUCAUCAACCAGGUCACCAAGUCCCAGCAGCAGGUCCACGUCCCCCAGCAGGUCCUAAAGCAGCAGGUCCAGGUCCCCCAGCUGGGUGUGAGGCAGCAGAAGCAGGUCCAGAGCCCCCAGCAGAGCUUAAAGACCACCACCCAGAACAACGCCUCCCUGCAGCUGAAGACUGUGGCUCAGCAGGUCGCCAUGCAGACCGGUGGCUCAGUCCAGGUGGUCCAGAAGAAGUCCGAGCCCGUCCGGAUCCAGGUGCAGGUUCCCCCCAAACAGGAAGUGAAGCCUGGCUCCGCCGCCCAGCAGAAGACUGUAGCUGUCAAUCAUCCGCAGGUGAAGCUGUCAGCCAAUGGCGGUGUGAGCAGUGGCCAGAUUAUCCACAUCCAGCCCAUGGUUGGUCAGGAGGGUCAACAGUUCUUCCUGCAGCAGCGCCCUGGGGACCCCCCCAUCCAGCUGCUGCUGCAGAGCCCCACCCCCGUCGUCGGAUCUUUGCUCCCGUUGGUCCACAAGGUCACAGGCCAGACGACGUCGGCUGGCGCCGCCUCCGGUUCGGGUCAGAAACCUGCAAUCUCCCCGAUCAGACUUCAUAACCCCGCCGCUGUUAAGAUCCCGCCCCCCUCCAUCGUCAAGACCCCGCCCACCUCUGCUGCUAAAACCAUUAGCGUCCCAGUAAUUAAAACCACCACGAACGGCAUGACGACAGCCACCAGAACCAAUCCCGUCAAACCGUCUGCAGUCAUCGCGGCGGUCCCGGUCCAACCCGCCACACCUGCUGCUGCCCGACCUGCCACAAUAACCCCGCCCCCCGUGACCCCACCUCCGGCACUGAAGGACAGAGAUAGGGAAAAAGAGAAGGAGAAGAAGAUGAAGAAGAAAGAAAAGAAGGCGAUGAAGGUCCAGACCAGGUCUGGCCGUGUCUCCAGACCACCGAAGUAUAAAGCCAAAGACUAUAAAUUCAUAAAGACAGAGGACCUGGCCGACAGUCACCAGUCUGAUUCUGACGACUACUCUGAUAUGAGCGUAGAGGAGGAGGAGGGUGGGAGGAAGGACGGUCACGUGUCUGGAGCCUCCCCCUCCAUCACCUAUAGCCACAAGUCCCGGUCCCACUGCUGCCAGACCUGCGACAAGGCCUACAUUGGUCCCGGAGGUCUGAACCGGCACUACAAACUCAACCCGACCCACGGAGAGCCCGAUCUGCCCGGCAACCCACCUAGCAACACACCACACCCUCUCAGAGACGACAGCCAAUCACAGGAGACGACGGGAGGAGGUGUCAGAGAGGAAGAGGAGGAGAAGGAGAAGAAGGAGGACAAGAAGGAGGACAAACCUGCUGCCACAGCAACAAACAGAGUGGAGGGGGGUCCAGCAGCAGCCGUAGGACUCAGGGGGCUCCAUUCCCGGGGCCCCGGCCGGCCCAGAGGACGCGGAAGAGGCAGGGGAAGGGGCCGAGGGCGGGGUCGAUCGCUGGGACCGCCUCCUAAGGUGACAGUGAGCCUCGUCGGCAGGCGAGGCCGCCGCGGCCGACCGCCGAAGCUCUCCGUCACCACGGUAACCGCGGAGCAGCAGGCAUCGAGGAGACGAGACAGACUGCAGGAGCUGGUGGGGCAGUGCGAGGAUGAGGAGCUGAUGGACAUUGUUCUUCCUCGUUUGACGAAAAUGUUGAGUCUGUGGGAGAUGCUGCUGGCAAAGGUGGAGCGCGGCGGUCCGGCUCGGACUCUGUUUCCAGACAUUUACCGUGAGUUUGAGUCCCUGCAGACUCAGGUGAGACAGGCCGCUCAGGAUUACAUCAUCAGCCCUCAGGCUGGAGCUGUGCCACUGGAGGUCAGGAACAUCGAGGUCGCCAGGUCUCUGGGGAUCCUGGACGAGGUGAACAAGAUGAAGGUGGUUCCUGGAGUGUCUCCCAGCUCCAGUCUGACCAGUAAGAACGUCCGAUACAUGGAGAAUUCCAAGAUGUUGCCGCCUUCAAAGAGAUUUAAGAUGGAGAACAGCAUUCCGGUUCACCAGAACGGCAUCGAGACGCCCAAAACAGGUGAGACCACUGUGACCCCUGUGACCUCUGUGACCUCCUCCCUGAAGCCCUGCUCGGUCUCUGUGCCCCCUCUGGUGAUGCAAGCUGAACCCAAACUGCUGACCACCACUGCCUCCAGCUCCUCUGGCUCCACCUCUGCUAAGAUGCCCCCCACCCCGACUCUGCCCCCUGUCACGCACAUGGAGGUGAUCCCAGGUGAGGACCAGGGUGAGAGGCAUCUGAAGAACAAUGACCAGGUGGAGGAUCUGCUGGUAAGCCAGGACCAGGUCCUAAGCACCAGUGACCUCACAGUUCAGAUGAAGGAGCUGGAGAAAGCUUUGGGUUCAGGUCUUGAGACUAUCGCAGACUCAAAGACACUUGAUUCCAGCAGCACCCAGACAUCUGUGUCCAGCUCAGGCCAGAGCCUGGCUUCAUCUCAGCUCCAGCAGAGGGGCUCCUCCCAGACCGAGUCCAGCUCCACAGACCCCUGUGAGCCCAAAGAGCUGCAGGAGGGUCAGGAGAUUUACAUCCAGACUGAGGGCCUGACAGUCCAGCUGGCAGAGCCCGGAUUAGACCGGAUCGUGAUCGUCAAUGGACCGGACGGAACGACCAUGCACAUACAGACCCCAGAGGGAGUUCCCCUGGAAGCGGUCCAGGCCCUGCUAGGCAUCGAGGCCUCUGAUGGGGCCAAAGCUCCCGAGUGAACCCUGAACAGAGUCCACACUGAUCUGGCCUGAGCAAGACCAGAACCUGACCUGAACCACAUCACUCUGACUAUGAGAGUCUUGAUUUAUAAGGUGUCUUACACAUCCACACAGGUGAUUAUCUGCAGUCAUGUGACCAACACUUGGACCCGCAAACACCUAUCUCUGUCUCGCUGGGGGCGGAGCAUAAACACACCUGUCAGUGUGUCACUGUCUCAUGUUCUUAUUGAUGAUGCCCCUAAAAACAAACUGUUCAUGAUAGUUUUGGGUGUAAUGAUCACAGCCACCUUUAGGGGGUGCUAACAGACUGCUGGUUAGCUCAGCCCUGUAGAAUAUGUUUCAGAUUUAACACCUGAGGACAAACAGGACAAAGAUUCUUUAAUAUCACACCUGUGUCGUUCCAGUCGAGGUGACGUCUAGUUCCUCAUCAGUUUGUGGGGGGGGGGGGGGUGAACUGGACAUCAGUGAUGCCACAGUUUCCCAUUAAAGGGUUAAUGUAUGCAUGUCUUCUUGUCUGGUGUCCACACACAGGGUCCAGAUCUGUCCACAGAGGAGACUUUCAUGAACAGUGGGAUCAUGUCACAUACUGCCUGUACCAUGAACUUCCUGUUUAAAAACAAGUUGAAGAUCUUCCAACAGACACCUGAAGUUUUUCUCAGCUUUCAGCCUCUUUGUGGCUAAAUUAUCUCGUUAUCCUGUUAUUGGUUUAUUUUAGGGGGCUCGUGUAAUAUUGAAAGAUUGUUAUCCUGACAGAAAACACCAUCUUCUGAUGAUCAGGACAUAAAAGUGAACACAUCUAACUCCUGAUCUGAUUUCAACAGAUAUCCUGAUCAAUGAAUCCUGAUCAAUGAAUCCUGACCUCAGGUUAACAGAUUCUAAAUAUAAGAAGCAUUUUUAGAACGAGAUAGUCAGUUUGUGACUGAUGUCCUCUGUGGGCUCCUGUACUCAGCAGCAAUGAACAAACAGUCUUAUUGAUCAUCUCAGUUCAGCUCGUUGUUGAUUGGUUCGUUCAGUUCUCGGCUGUGAUGAUGUCAGUGGUGGCGUCCCAGGAGGAAUCUGGUCUUCCUGACAGUUUUUAAAGACUCUGGAGUGACUGUAAAUUUGUAAAGUUUUCUUUUCUUUCAGUGUUUCCAUAUUUGUUUAAAAUAGGAAGUGAUUAGUCGGCUGUUUAUAUGUAGAUAAAUAUGAAAAACAAAGUUUAAAAAAGUUGCACUAUUUUAUUACUUUUUAUAAAACUUCACAGCGAAACCUUUUCCAAACGAAAACGGAACAUUUGUACUCGUUUGGAGAGUCGAUGUGAAGACGGACUAGAAACCGUCUGGAGGACGUUAAACUGUCACGUCGAUCAUUCGAGCGCUGAACGCAUUAAACACGUUUCAUGUUCCUCCAAUAAACAGACGUGACAAACUCCCUCUGAGCUGUUUCAUGAGGUCACAUGACGUCACGAACUCGUGUUCACGUCCUCUGAUGUUUGUGUCUCGUCUCUGAACGUCUUCCAGCUCUGUUCCCCACGACGUUUCUUUAUUGUUCAAAGUUGUUUUUUCAUUUAGAAAAAGUCCCUGAAAGAUGGGGGAGAC